AUAAACCGGAGGACUAAAAAUGCAAAGUUGACGACCACCAAUUUCCAUCGAUCAAACCGCCAAAAGCCCUAUAUUUACUCGCUAAUUCUUUGAAGCAUCAAUUCCUUAUUCAUCCUCUGCAACCUCGCCUAUUUCACACCUGCAAUUUUUCAAUUCAACCAUGUCCAAAAAGAGGGUCCAAUGCAAGUUCUUUGCUCAUGGGGCAUGUCUAAAAGGGGAUCACUGUGAAUUUUUGCAUGACUGGAAUGCCCCACAGAAUAAUAUAUGUACUUUCUACCAAAAAGGAGCUUGUGCUUAUGGGAGCCGGUGUAGAUACGAACAUGUGAAAGUUUCUCGCCCUUUAUCAUCAGCUUCAUCUUCAUCUUCAUCUUCAUCAGCAAAUCCUUCUCAAUACUUACAAUCAAAAUCCAUUUUGGCUGCUCAUCCUUCUGGAGCUCCUUCAGUUGUUAUUGGUCAUGCUUCAGGUGUUACUGCUGACAGUUCCUUGGCAAGCAGAUCAAUGUUGCCUACAACUAAACCAGCCGGGGGAGAAAUGGUUAGGCAUGAGGAUGUAUCAGAAUUUAGUGACUUUGGAGAGACAAAGAGUCAAAAUCCAGCUGAUCAACCAAUCUGUUCUUUUGCUGCUGCUGGCCAUUGUCCUCGUGGUGAAAUGUGCCCCCAUAUUCAUGGAGACCUAUGUCCAACUUGUGAGAAACAUUGUUUACAUCCCUUUAGGCCUCAGGAGAGGGAAGACCAUGUUAAAUUAUGUGAGAGAAGGCAAAAGAACCUGGAUGCAUUAAAGCAUAGUCAAGAAAUAGAGUGUAGUGUCUGCCUUGAACGUGUACUAUCGAAGCCCACAGCAGCUGAACGGAAGUUUGGAAUACUUUCGGAGUGUGAUCAUCCAUUCUGUAUAUCUUGUAUUAGGAACUGGCGCAGUAGUUCUCCAGCAUCUGGAAUGGAUGUGAAUUCUGCACUUAGGGCCUGCCCUAUAUGCAGAAAGCUCUCUUACUUUGUCAUCCCUAGUGUUAUUUGGUAUUCUUCCAAGGAAGAAAAGCAAGAGAUCGUUGACAGCUAUAAAGCAAAACUCAGGUCUAUUGACUGUAAGCACUUCGAUUUUGGAAAUGGAACUUGCCCAUUCGGGACUAGUUGUUUCUACAAGCAUACUGUCAAGCCAGGCUCAUAUCUAUGGAAUUCUACUCUGAUGCCUGAUCUAUACCGCACAAGGUUUAUGGAUUCAGAUGAAGAAGAAUGUCUCUCUGAAACUGUGAAUAAAAAUGCUUCGCUGUAUCUGUUUGAGCACUUUUACAGCACACAUAUUUCAGCCGGAGUAGAAGAGGAUUUUAGCUCUGAAGAUUCAGAAAAUGAAAUGGCUGAAGAACUGGCGUUUAUGAUGAUGAUGGGGCUUUAGAUUCAAGUGACUGGUCAAGUGAUUAGGAUAUCAACCAGUGAACUGAUUAAUUACUGAUGGGUUUUAUGUGUCCCUGGACAUUUAGUUGCCCUAGUUAUUCAGUUAGGCUCCAUUGUUGGAUUUUCCAACAGCUGACUUUUGUUUUUGGUGUAGUCUGGCUUUCCAGUACUCCUGAUGACAAGGGUUGCACUUGGAAGGGCUUGAGCAUCCUUUUUUUGUGUCUGUGGUGUAAAUGGGCAAAUCAUUUAUUGACAGCUAUCUUGGAACUAAUGUGUAGUUUUUGUCUUGGUGUAACUUUUGGUACUGGUCCCUUUUGUUUUUUCUUUUGGUUCUGCAUUUGGGUUUUUAAUUCUACUUUUCGUUCGAGUGUCUUGGUACUUUCUUUGGUUUAUGGCUGCAUUUCUUCUGUAUUUUUGGCCUGUCUUUACCUUGUCAUGUGCUUGUAUUUGACUAAUUGGUUGAUGGAUUGUCCCUUAUUACAGCAUGCAUAUCGUGAUGGUCGUCUGGAGGAAGUAGUUCUACGCCAUCUUGGGGCUGAAGAUGGACAAACUGUGAUUGCCAAAAAUAUUAGGCUCUCUGAUUUCCUCAGUAACUUCCAAAUAAGAUGAAUCAUGCUUAGAGUUUUCAGUGGUAUUUUGAACAAGUAGCAGAUUUGUAAAUGCGUAUUGUUCUUUUUGGAGAGGGACCCUGUAUUUCCCUUUGAAAGGCGUACAACUUUGAGGUGGAUAUAGCUAUCAGGUUCAGGGCAGGACAAUUCGUAAUUAUGUGAGACUUGCAUCUCAUAGUUAAGAUACCUGUGAGAAGCUGUUUUAUUUUGGACACCUGAACAGAAGUUAAGCAUUGCAAUAUGUUGGUUUUUACAGCAUAAAUGGUCAGUGAGCUUAGGAAGUUAUAUUUUUCGUUGAUAAAAGGAUGCCUUCUUACCUGCUUGUCCACCCUCAUAAAAAAGUAACAGCUUUGCUCUGUAUUCUUAGUCAACAGUGGCAUUGAAUGGUUGUUCCCUUGGUUGAUUUGGUGCCUGCACUUGAGCUUAGCUGAGCGAACAUGGGUGAAUUUUCAGUAAAUAAAAUAUACUGCAAGAAAUUGUGGCUUAUAAUUAGGAUGG